ACAUUUCUAAAACACAUGCUUAAUUUGUAAAACAAAUGGACAAAUGGGGCUGCCUAACUAAAACAUGAAACAUGAUAUCUGAAACGCAACAUGUUUUAUCUGAGAGAGAAGCUGAGUCAUACUUAGAAGAGGCUCGACUCCAUGAUGCUCUCUCUGAGUACUCACAAAUUUCAGUGCGUGCGGAGGCUUAUGUGCCAGAGCUCAAGGAGGAGGGCAGCCGCAUAUGGCCCAUUCAGGGUCAGGAGGAAGACUACUGCUAAUAAAGCUGCUGCAAGGAGUGACAUAGCUCCUGGCAGGUUCAAGAGGGGGAAGAAAAUCGGGAAGAUUCAGAUUUCAAGGUGGAUUGGUCCGUUGGACCCCUGGAACCAUUAUGUAUACAGGGAUUACCCGGGGACGUACACACCAGUGUUUUUAAAUGCUUGGGAAUUGAGGGCAAGGGAACCAGAUCAUAUAACUGUGAGUGUGGAGAAGGAUGUAAGCAGUGACAUUCCUGAUAUUGACAUGACAAAAUACAAUGUCCACUGUGAUAUGCCUCUCAAAGAAUUUGUUGAUUUUAUUCGGUUAAGGAUUCAGCAUGAUUUUCCAUGGAAGAAGUCGAUGUUUGUCUACUUUAAGAACACCGAACCUCCCAUUGGUACUACCUUGAUGUCCGAAGUCGAUGAGAAAAACAGGGACAAAGACGGGUGGGUUCGAAUCACCUACAGUGGAAAAGAGAAAGGAAGCUGGACCCGCUGAAGAGCUCUGAGCCAAUUAUCUGAGCUGCUUAGAUAGUACGUGGUUUGAAGACUUGAAACUGAUCUUUGAGAAUCAAUGGCAUUGCGUGAGACUUCAAUGUGAAAUGUUCUGUUGCCAACUUUUAUUAGGUAUUUUGUAUAUAUAGUUUUAAGACUUAAAAACUGAUCGGGAGAUGAAUGGCAUCAUUUGAACUUAAAUGCAUGGCGUUGAAAAUUUAA